AUGGCUGGAGCAGGCAAGGAAUCCACUCCCGCUGGUCUCUACCAUUACGUUAUUAAUGAUGUUAUUAGAAGUAUACGCCAAUCUUUUCUAAAUCGUGGUGUCGAUGAACAAGUUUUACAAGAGUUAAAAUCGCAGUGGGAACUUAAAAUUGUUCAAUCGAGAUCGGUCAAAGAAUUUGUUGCCGAAGAUCAACGUACAGCAAGUGCAUCAAAUGUUAUGUACCCACAUGGCAAUAGGUUUCCUAUAGACGCUUUAUCUCAGGUUAAUAAUACCAGGCAUAGCAAAGGUACUUUUAGUGUAUAUAUAUUUACGUCUCAAACCAAGUGCUUAUUAAAUAAUGCCUCCGAAUUUCCGUCUUAUUCUGCAAGUACUGGAGCAAAAUCGGCUAAACUUGAGGAUGAUGAGCCAUUAAAUACAGAUGAUGACGCUUCGGAUGAAGACGAUAUUGACUCGUUUGAAUGCGAUAAUGUUAUUGUUUGUCAAUAUGAUAAGGUUACUCGUGCCAGAUCGAAAUGGAAACUACAUUUAAAAGAUGGUAUCAUGAACAUAGGUGGAAAUGACUACGUUUUUAAUAAAGCUAGUGGAGAUUGUGAUUGGGCUUAG